CCUCAGCCUCCCCUCCCCCUCCUCCGCCCCAGCCCCAGCACCAGCCUCCACUGCCACCGCUGCCGUUGCUCCCUCACGCCACCGCUGGCCGCUGAUCGCUGCGCACGGCCGGCACCAUGUCCAAAGAAAAGGGCCUUAAGAAGAUUUUUCAUCCUUUUGACCACCGCCUCUCGGAAAAGGUCGAGGAGAUCGAGGAGAAGCUCGAGCACACCAAGCUGAGAGGCGUCCACAUCAAAGCUGUCCACAUCAAGCACAAGCUGGGCAAGUUCACCAACCUCUUCAAUGCCAACCAUCGCCAUGACGAGGAGCACGAGAAGGAGACAGAUGCCAAGCGGAGCAAGAUUGCCGAAAGCCACCGCUUCCAAAGCUUUGCGCCCGAGAGAGACGGCAACCUGGUCAAAUGGUAUGUCGAUGGUCGAGAUUACUUCUGGGCUGUUGCCGAGGCCCUGGAGAAGGCCCAGGAGACCAUCUACAUCGCGGAUUGGUGGCUUAGCCCAGAGCUGUUCUUGAAGCGCCCACCUUUCUACAACCAGCAAUACAGGCUGGAUCAGGUGCUCAAGCGACGCGCCCAGGCAGGCGUCAAGAUUUACAUUUCCGUAUACAAGGAGGUUUCGGCUGCCCUCACCUGCAACAGCCAGCAUACCAAGAAGGCCCUCAUGGGCCUCAUCAAAGAGGGCGAACCCGGCUAUGGAAAUAUCAAGGUAAUGCGACACCCCGACCACAAUGUCUUUGAGAAUGCUGCAGACAUGACAUUCUACUGGGCGCACCACGAGAAGUUCAUCGUCAUUGAUUACGCCAUGGCCUUUAUUGGCGGCCUGGAUCUGUGCUACGGUCGCUGGGACGAGAAACAGCACCCGCUGUCCGACGCCCAUCCUUCGGGUGUACAGAACCAAAUCUUUCCCGGUCAAGACUACAAUAACAACCGCAUAAUGGAUUUCCAAAGCGUCGACGACUGGAAGUCGAACAAGCUGAACAAGCUCGAGUAUGGCCGCAUGCCAUGGCACGACGUUGCCAUGGGAAUCAUAGGACCGGCAAUCUACGACAUUGCCGAGCACUUUGUCCUGCGAUGGAACUUUGUCAAGCGUGAAAAGUACAAGCGUGAUGAACGAUAUGACUGGCUUACCAUGGAAGGACGUGAAGGCGCCGACGAAGACCUGAUUGGAGUCCAACGGCCCAAGUUCCCUGUCGGUGAUUAUAUACAUCAUCCCAUAACGCAACUGAGCAGCAAGAACCUCGAAAACCGUGGAACCGUCCAUGCGCAACUGGUGAGAAGCAGUGCAGACUGGAGCAUGGGCAUUGAGCCCCAUGAGCAGAGCAUUCAAAAUGCCUACUGUGAGAUUAUCCGAAACGCCCAGCACUUUGUAUACAUUGAGAACCAGUUCUUCAUCACAGCUACUGGCAGGCAUGAUGAGAGCCCAGUUCACAACCAGAUUGGAGCUGCGAUAGUUGACGCCAUUGUAAAGGCUGCCAAGGAAGAGCGUCACUUCCGGAUCAUAAUUCUCAUCCCGGCCAUCCCUGGUUUUGCGGGUGACUUGCGAGAUCAGGCGGCGGCCGGAACACGAGCGAUUAUGGACUACCAAUUCAAGAGCAUCUGUAGAGGCGACGAAAGCAUUUUCGGCAAGGUCAAAGCUGCCGGUGUUGACCCUGAAAAGUACAUUUUCUUCUUCAACCUCCGCUCGUAUGAUCGCAUCAACGUAACCCCGAAGAUCAAGGAGCUCGAGAAGAAGUCCGGCAUGACCUACAUGGAGAUGGAGACUGCCGAAAUCGAUGAGCUUGAAGCGCCGGCAGAGGAGGGCGGUGAAGAGAAACGACGAGCAGCAGCUGAAAUGAGAAAGAAGUAUAUGGACGACGCUGAGGACAUCGGAAAAGGUGACCAGGGUGGUAUCAUCGAUCCGGACUCCAUCGCCGACGAUGCAAUGCUCACAGAGAAGAAGCCCAGUGAUGAAGAAUGGGCGGGUGAGCCCGAGAGCGAAAAGGAAUGCUACUUCCAGGAAGAGCUCUAUAUCCAUGCCAAGCUCUGCAUUGUCGAUGACAAAAUUGUAAUCUGCGGCUCCUCCAACAUCAACGACCGCUCGCAGUUGGGUUUCCACGAUUCAGAACUUUCUGUUGUCCUACAAGACACUGAUGAGAUUGAUACCCAAAUGGACGGCAAGCCAUACAAGGCGGCUCGUCUCGCGCACGAGCUCCGUAGUAGCUUGUGGCGUGAGCAUCUGGGUCUUCUCCCACCCCAGAGCCUCAACGCUUCCGACGACCCCAACGCGCAGCCACCAGGCGAAAACUCGAGAAACGACACAAUGCCGGGUCCUGAAGCCGAAUUUGUCUCUGACCCAAUGUGUCCCAAGCUCUGGGACGAAUGGUGCAAGCGUGCCACAACGAAUACAGAGGUCUUCAGAGAUCUUUUCCACGCCGAUCCAGACGACAAUAUCCUCACCUUUGAUGACUAUGACUCUUUUACACCAAACCCCAACUCGGAUAAAGAGCACAAGCAGGGCCACUUGUACGACAUGGACCGGCCCGUGGCAGAGGUCAGGAAGGAGCUGGAUCGCAUUAGAGGGCAUCUGGUGUGGAUGCAGUUGAAGUUCUUGGAGAAUGCGGAUAUGGCUGAGCGGGGACUACAAGUCAACUCUUUUACAGAGAGUGUGUAUACAUGAGGGGCUGGCGUUGGUAUGGUAAGUGAGGGUUUGCGAUGGGAGUGGUCUUGUUGCGAAGUUAAUGUUCUGCAUGAUUGAUGGUUAAUGGUUCUUGUAUGAUUCCCUUGGUCUUUACGGCGUAUUUUUAUUAUUACAAUGCAGCGAAUGCACGACGUUACGUUAUUUAUUCCAGUAAUUUCGAA